ACGUGCGCAUGCGCAGUCGGUCCGCCUGAGGUUCCGCUCCGCAGCCAAUAUGGCGGCGACGAUGUUGAGGUCGCUCACCAGAUUAGGACGUCCUUCAAGUUUUAUCUUAAGCAAUAAUUUUAUAAACCCAGGUUGUAAUGUGCUGCAAAAUAGGAAGAAGCAAUGGCAGCCAGAUGUGGAGUGGACCGAGCAGUACGCAGGAGCCGUCAUGUACCCCAGUGCAAUAACGGAGAAAUGGGUCCCUCCGCCCUGGAAUGAUAAGGAUCCUCCCAUGGAGAAGGAGGUCUCCAACCUCACCAUAAACUUUGGUCCCCAACAUCCUGCGGCCCACGGCGUGCUUCGGCUGGUGUUGGAGCUCAGCGGCGAGUCUGUGAAGAAGUGCGACCCCCAUGUGGGGCUGCUUCACCGUGGGACAGAGAAGCUCAUUGAGUACAAGACCUACCUGCAGGCCCUGCCCUACUUUGACAGGCUUGACUACGUGUCAAUGAUGUGCAAUGAGCAAGCUUACUCACUGGCUGUGGAGAAACUGCUGAACAUUCAGGCCCCUCUUCGAGCACAGUGGAUCAGGGUGUUGUUUGGGGAGUUGACUCGUAUACUCAAUCACAUUAUGGCUAUCACUUGUCACGCCCUUGACAUUGGGGCGAUGACCCCAUUUUUCUGGAUGUUUGAAGAAAGGGAGAAGAUGUUUGAGUUCUAUGAGCGGGUGUCCGGUGCCAGGAUGCAUGCUGCUUAUGUCAGACCUGGGGGAGUCCAUCAGGACUUGCCCUUGGGACUGAUGGAUGACAUAUAUGAAUGGUGCAAGAACUUCUCGCUCCGGAUUGAUGAGGUGGAAGAGAUGCUGACAAAUAACCGCAUUUGGAAGAACCGCACGGUGAACAUUGGUGUGGUGAGCGCAGAAGAUGCCCUCAACUAUGGCUUUAGCGGGGUCAUGCUGAGGGGUUCUGGAAUCAAAUGGGAUUUGAGGAAAGUGCAGCCCUACGACGUGUACGAUCAGGUGGAGUUUGACGUUCCCAUUGGUACCAAUGGAGACUGUUAUGACAGGUACCUGUGCCGGGUGGAGGAGAUGCGACAGUCUCUCAGGAUCAUGCUGCAGUCCCUCAAUAAGAUGCCAGAGGGUGAAAUCAAGGUGGAUGAUGCCAAGGUGUCUCCUCCGAAGAGGUCUGAGAUGAAGAUGUCCAUGGAGUCCCUCAUCCACCACUUCAAGCUGUACACUGAAGGGUUCCAGGUGCCCCCAGGCGCUACAUACACUGCUGUGGAAGCUCCCAAGGGCGAGUUCGGCGUGUAUCUGGUGUCGGACGGAUCCAGCCGGCCGUAUCGCUGUAAAAUCAAGGCUCCCGGAUUCGCUCACCUGGCUGGUUUGGACAAAAUGGCGACUGGGCACAUGCUGGCUGACGUAGUGGCCAUCAUCGGUACCCAGGACAUCGUGUUUGGGGAAGUGGACCGGUAAUGCAGCUGCUCAGCACUGGUGGAUGUGUAGCUCUGCCUGUCUGGAGUGUUUUGGCAGUUUCCUGACAACCAAACUCCCCCCCCCCUAAAGUUUUAAAACAAACAAAAAAAAUAAAACAGCUCUUAAAGCUACGUGUAGCUUGUUCCCGUUGAGUUCUUACCGUCUGUGUCGUUCAUGCACAUUUGCAGUGGGGGUGAAACAGACGCUUCGUUAUGUAUAAAAGUGAAUAAAUAUAUUGCACAAAA